AUGGCAGGCGUCAAACGACUGCGACUCGUGGUGAUCGCAACGGUCCUCUUACUCGCCGUUUUCUGGCUCGUGCGGCGCAGUGAUGACGACCUGAUUCGGUCCGCCCCGCUGGUAAUCCCCAACCCAGAAUUGACUCACGGGAGCGGCAACCCGGGCGACGCGUCAUCCAACCACAACGGAGCACACCGAGGAGGAGUUCUGGCCAAGCCUCCACUUCAGGAACCAUCAACUUCCAGCACGCAGCUUGCCCCGAUUCGGCUACCAGAACGUCCAAACGCACAAAUCGUCAAAGAUGCGCACAAGCUACCGACUGCAGAAGACUUCGUGUCGCACCUCUGGGCGGUCACUAGAUUGCCUGGGCUGAGUUUGAGGGAGGCAAAGCGGACCUGCACCUGGAAGCCCGAUGAAAAGGUCAACUUUCAAUUCGAUAAUGCUGAGGACUGGAUCAAGGCCGAUCGGCCCGAUACCGAAAUAGAAGCUCGGAGGGCUGAGUGGCACAGCUUCAUCCGCGAGGGCAUGAUUCCUUACUCCGCGGUGGCAGACCGCUUCACCAACCGUCGAGGGCUGGUCAUUCUAGCAGGCAACCAGGAUACGGUCUCCCGCGUCGGCGUGAUACUGCGCGCCUUGCAGAAGCUAGGGAGCAAGGUCGCCAUUGAAAUCCACUAUUUUGGUGAUGAGCUGUCUGAGCAUGACAGAAUCAACCUGGCCUCGGUCUGGCCCAGGAUGUUUUUUAAUGACCUGUCUGGGUCGCAUAACAUCAUACGGCCAAAGAAAGACGGUCUAUACAUCAACUACCAGCUCAAGACCGCAGCUCUGCUCAACUCCCGAUUCGCCGAGCCACUUCUCCUCGAUUCCGACAACAUUCCACUGAUAGACCCGGAUACCCUCUAUGACUCUGAGGUCUAUCGAGAGUAUGGGACCGUGUUCUGGCCCGACAUUGCUCGCACCUGGCCCCAGAACCCAGCCUGGGCCAUCACAAACACUAACUGCCGAAUGGACGAGUACGAGCAGGAGAGCGGGCAGCUGCUGGUCGACAAGACCCGCUUCUGGUACCACCUACAGCUGGCGGCGUGGUGGAACAACCAGCAUGGCGACUACUACAACAAGUUUCUGCUGGGCGACAAGGACAUGUUCCGGUUCGCGUGGCAUGCGCUCAAGACAGAGUAUGGGAAGCCCAAAAAGUGGCUCGCGAGCGUGGGCACGGAGAACGAUGGAUUCUACUGUGGGCACUCAUUCGCCCAACACCACCCAGACGAUGGGCGGGUUGCCUUCCUACACGGUGGUCUGGUCAAGACGGUAAGCCUGGAGGUGAUGCGCUGGAACAAGGAGGUCAAGGGUGGUUAUUUUCGGCACUACAAGCGCUCACCGUCGGACGAGGAUCCGUCUGUCAACGUUCACGUCGGCAUCAAGUUUGACUCGGCCACAUACAAGCCCAACCAUCUCCCUGAUUUCCAUCCAUCCAUGUGCACAGACUUUUAUGAUGUGGAGGCACGGGAUCUGAACGAGCUGGUGCCAAUGUGGGAGAAGACAAUGAACGAGAUUGGUGGGUAUUGGCAGUUGGGGCCCGACAAGGCCCACAGCGGAAAUGGCUUCGGGGGGACCGACUUUUCAUCAAUAUAG